AAUCGUCGUUUCACAAUUCUAUAUUUUUCACAAAUAAAAAUUGUUUCUGAACCCAAUUUCUAAUAUACUUUAAACUCAGUGUACUAUUAACUCAUCAGUGAUUCAGUUUAAAAUACUAGGAUUAAGUUUAAGUGUUCAAAUUUUGGAUUCCAGUUUGUGAAACAGCUUUUUUUCUGCCUUUAUACAGACCAGCUGCAUCAUGUCCAAUCAAGAAGAAACUUUACCUGAAGGUUGGGAGGCGCGCAAAAGCCGGAGCACAGGCUUGACGUACUUUCUGAAUAAGCAUACUAAAAAGUCUCAGUGGGAUAAGCCAGACGGCCCGGCUCCGCUCGUGGAUGAUCCGGAAGAUGAUGAUUCGGCUCCGAAAGAAGUCCGGUGCAGCCAUAUUUUGGUGAAGCACGUUGGAAGCCGUCGCCCUUCUUCGUGGCGUGAGCAAGAAAUCACACGCUCAAUUUAUCAGGCAAUGGACCUUAUCAGAGAUUAUCGCCAGAAAAUCGUGAACAAGGAAGCCACCUUCGAAGAAUUGGCCAGGGAGUUCUCCGACUGUUCGUCUGCCAAACGUGAUGGUGAUUUGGGUUUCUUCAAAAGAGGGCAAAUGCAGAAACCAUUUGAGGAUGAAGCUUUUUCUCUGAAAGUUGGACAGCUAAGCCAUCCCACAGAAACUCAAUCUGGAGUUCACAUCAUACUUAGAACUGCUUAGACAGCAGCCUUAAAGUUUUUCUGUAUGGUUCUAUAAUAUCCCAUAUAGUUUUGCGAGCCAUUCAGAAAAUAAUAUACAAUGUGUGUUUACUCAAUUAGAUGACCUUGCAUAAAAUAUAAUUACCAUUAAAACCACAUCACCAUCUCCACCUUAUAUUGUAAGCCUUUGCCAAGCGAAAGUGAAGUUUAUAUAUUAUUGAUUAAUAUAAAUUGUAUAAUUAAUUAAUGUGUCAUCAACAUAGAUUGCCAUGGUUCACAUAAUUUCCGUGUAAGAAUAAGUCUUUAAUUCGGCAGGUAAUUAGUUGCUGUCCCUUUGAUGGGUAAUUCAGAUUAUUUACAUUCAUCCAUUGGGCAUUGGAUAACUUUACAAUGUUUAUUACCUACGACCUACAAAAUUCUUUCAUUUGUCAAUAGAAUAUUAAAAAUUAAAUAAAAUAUAAAUGUAGUUGAAACCUGCACAUCAUGAAUAAAUAAACUAAAUUUUAAGUCACCUUGUCAGAAAGGUAUUCAAUCAGAGUUGUUUUUGUGUUUUGCAUUUCUCAUUUGAGAUAAAGCCGUGCCCCGACUGCGUAAACAAGGUCGCAAAAUAGUCUGCUUUUCAUUUAUUCAUACAUUGCUUAUGCAUUCAGUAAGACGUUUAAUAUUUUAGUGGGGCAAGAUCUCAUUCAUACCAAUAACAAAAAGUAAUCGAGAAAUAGGGGUGACAUGGAAGUCUACUAUAAUGGGCGUAUAAUGCGAAAUUAAAUGUCUUUUAAUCAGUUUAUCUCUUAGCGAAAAACAAGUACAAAAUUGAUCCUGAUCUUACAUCCAAUGAAGUUUUUCCUAAUGCAAAGUUAAUGCCAAGCUGUAAAAAAUAUUGACUAUAUUAACUCAUGGUUUUUCAUUGUUUAUGUAUGUACGUACGUACAAAAAAACUUAUAUUUGGAAUGGUACUGUGGUGUUUAAUAUAAUAAAAAUCUUGAAUCUUACAGAUAACACUAUGAUUUUUGUUUGCUCAUUGUUUCUCUUCAAUAAUGGUCUAUGAAUGUUAAAAUCUAAUUCCAUUUACUUACAUUAUUAACCGACAUAGCUUGCAGAAUUGCUAAAAUCAAGUGGCAGUGGGCGGGGCACAUAGCUCGUAGAGACGAUGGCCGUUGGGGCAGGAAAGUUCUCGAGUGGCGACCACGGGCUGGAAGACGUAGCGUGGGCAGGCCUCCUACUAGGUGGACCGACGAUCUGGUAAAGGUCGCGGGAAGAGCCUGGAUGCGGGCAGCGCAGGACCGUUCAUUGUGGAAAACCUUGGGGGAGGCCUUUGUCCUUUGUCCAGCAGUGGACGUCAUUUGGCUGAAACGAAGACGAAGAUUAUGAUGAUGUAAUGUGACGCCAUCGGUUCAAUAAUACAGGAUAUAUGGAAAGGUGGUUUGAGGAAACUUUCGGAAAAUAUAAUCCAUGCUUUUGAAUUAAAAACAUCUUAGAAAAUGCAGCAUUAUUUUUCAUAUUAAUUCAUGUUGUGCAUGAUGUGGUACCAUCACCCGAAUUAGUGAAAAAAACGUGAUCUAGUAUACGAAGUAAGUGUUAGUCCUCACAUCUCGAAUUAUGUUGUGUACUUAUGGCGUGUUAGGGUUUACAUUAUUUUAUUUUAUUUAGGCAAGUGGCAUUCUGUAUUCUAAAGAAAUUAAAUUUAUUAAUUAAUGAAAAGUAAACUUUUAAUAUUUCUCUGACGCAUUGAUUGGGGUUUUCAAAACCCUAUUAAAAUUGACUUGAUCUAAGUUCAUUCCUAAUUCAUAAAAGUGUUUUUCAUACAUAUAAUUAUGUUUUUAAUAUUUAUUUCUACGAAAAUUAAUAAUAUGCAGAUGGUAGAGGUAACUUAAAUAUUAUUACGUUCUUUAAGAAAAUUUUUAUGAACUUUUUUAUUAAAACAAUAUUCAAAGGUAAACCAUACCAUACUUCGACCAUGACUUGGACGGCAUACCAUUAUGGUUAGAUACACCUUUCUAUAUUGUUUUAGUAUUCGGGCUUUUGACUUAAAAUAAGUAGUUUGUAGAUUUAAUUGUAUUAAAUCCAAGUAUCAAUGAACAUUAAUGAAGUUGCCAAGUUGAAAAAAUUGUUAUAUUUAUGAAAGUUACAGUCUGAUCAUUAUUCUAAAAGUGUUAUUCGCGUUAGAAACAAAGUGUUUGGCCAAUGCACAGUAAAUUUGACUGGACUGCUCCUAAUGAACCUAAAUCCUUUUUUUUAACCGACUUCAAAAAAAAGGAGGAGGUUCUCAAUUCAAGUUUAAGUUUUUUUUUACACGUUACAUUCCAACUGAAUUUAGAUAACCAUUGUUUUAGAAUAAUGAAAAGUUAUGAGAGCAAACUAAAUACUCAAAAAUUGCUCUAUGAAGUAAAAGACCUUACCCGGAGCCAUAAUUAAAAUUAUGUAGAAUUACUGUAUCCUAUAGACAGAACAUUGAUUACAACAUAAUAUUCAGUCCAUGUCAUAAAGUUAUAAUACAUCAAUGUAUAUUUCAACCGUUCUUAUAAGAUCGUGGUUUUGCUUAAUACAUUUUCAUUAUUGUGUAA